UUUUAUUUUUUUUUUAUUUUGUUUUCAUUUUUAUCAUUAAAGAAUGGAUAUUGCUGAAAUCUUAGAUGGUGAACUAUCAUCCAUGUUUCAACAACCAAAAAGACAUCGAUGUAAAUGGUUUGGAUGUUCAAAAUCCUUCAAUCGUCCUUCUGAUGCCGAUCGUCAUUAUCGAACACAUACAAAUGAUAGACCUUAUCAAUGCGACUUUAGAAACUGUGGUAAAAGAUUCAUUCAGAGAUCUGCAUUAACUGUUCAUUUGAGAACACACUCAGGAGAAAGACCUCACGCGUGUGAAUUUAAUAAUUGUGGUAAAAGUUUUAGUGAUAGCAGCUCUUUAGCUCGUCAUAGACGGAUUCAUACUGGUAAUCGACCUUAUAGAUGCCAGGAAGCAGGUUGCUCAAAAAGUUACUCCAAGAAAAAGACUUUGGUUCAUCAUCAUCGACUUUGUCAUUCAUCAUCACGAUCAUUAGUACCAUUCUCAUCAUCAUCAUCAACAACAACAACAACAACAACAUCAUCAGUAUCAUCACAUAACAAAACUUCAUUUUCUUCCACUACUUCAUCCUUCCCUUAUUGAUGAUCUACUAUAUAUCAUCAUUUUUUUUUUCUGUAGACUCCUUAGUUUCCUGUUUUAUACGAUAUUUCAUUCAAGUAAAUUUGCAUUAUGAAAUAGCAACCGAUCAUUUUGAGAAAAAAAAAACACCUGACGAUGUUCGUCCUACGUUUGACAAACAAAACUAUAUAUACAAAAGAUCGAAUAAAGGCGGAUGAUUAAAACAAGUGUGUGAGAAAAUAAAGUUGGUCUUCUGUUGGUUGGUUAGUUAGUAUGGAUUUUUUUUUUUUUGUCUACA